AUGUUCAGAUUUCUUUCUGUUAUUUCUUUUUGUCCAGAUAAUAUAGAACCUGUUAUUUGUUUCUGUCCAGAUAAUAUAGAACCAGCAGAACCUGUUGUAGUUAUGAAGAAGGCAAAGCUUGAUUCAACAAUAGAAGCUGCUGUAGUUGUGGCUCCACAGGAUGUUGACCUUGAAGAAGAUGACAUCGAUGUGGUUGAUGUAGAUGUUAAAAUAGAAGGUGAAGAAGUUCAUGUCAAAUCAGAAAGAGAACGAUGGUCGAAGGUAUGGAAGUUUUUUGAAAGACUUCCGAUUGGUAAUGAUGGAAGGGAAAGGGCAAAAUGUAAGAGAUGCUCAAAAAGAUACAUCUGUGAAACAAAAACUGGAACAGGAAGCUUGCGAGGUGAUGAAGAGUUAUCUUUAGAAGAACUUACCGAUGAUGUCAUGCAAAUGGAUAACAAGGAUACAAAAGUUGAGGACGUUUAG